UUUAUUCACAAAUUGUUUCCAAGUAAAUUUCAAUGGAAGUCAUGAUUCGAGCUAAUCACAAGGUUUGAGAAUUUUGGGGUUUUAUCGACUUCAAUAGUACAGCAUGACUGCUUCGAAUGCUACUUGUGCUGUUUGUAAAAAACCAGCUAGGUACAAGUUGCCAAAAACAGAAGUUCCCUAUUGCAGUGUUGUAUGCUUUCGGCAGCUUUCUCAACUAGGAAAUACAGUAGCUUCCAGUCUGAAUCCUGACGGUGAAAGUUCCGUUGUUCCCUUGCCUCCUGCUAGUGAAAGUUUCCAAACUGCAAAAGGGGAAGUAGAUGAGGAAAGAGAUAAGCAGUUUCUUCAACUUGCACAGUCCACUUUUAUGCAGGAAUUUCUUCGCGACAAAAGCUUUUGUCAAGAACUUCAAGGCAUUGCCCAAUCAGAAGACCCGAUAGAAAGUCUUGCUCUUGUAAGAAGGCACGAGAAAUUCGUGCGGUUUGAACGUGUAGUCUUUUCAUUCUUCAACAUAACAGACGAUCAAGUAUAGUUUAUGGCGUUGGAGAGUUUAAAAAAAGAUGGACUUCAGAAGCAGCAGCCCUAUACUUGUGAUGCAGGGAAACUGCAAAGAGCAAAGUUGCAGCGAAGGGAAAACGUCCAGUCAAGGUAGUUGCAACUUGUGUCAAAGUCCAUUCAUGUUGUUCUUCCCAUAUGGAAAAAGGCAAACGUUCAAGUAAUAACACCAGGUCUGUAUAUCGCUUCAAUAAUAAAUGAUGUGGCUGUAGUUCCAAGAGCGCCGUCUUGAACCUGUCAAGAACCGCUACAAUAGCUAUUUUUAGUUGACAAACGAGAUAUUCUGGUAUUUGUAUCAUGUCGGUGUGAAAAAAGAUUUGUAAACAUUUCUCGGAAGCAGUCUCUUGUAUAUUCCCGUAGAUAAUAUCAGAAAAUAAUCCUAUCUGAGAAUGUCAGAAUAUAA